GUGGAUUUCAUUUGGCAUUCCAGGGGAACCAGCCCAAAUGAAGUUUGAGAUGGCGAGUGGAUGCGAGUGAGAAUGAGUGGCUACAUGUUGCGAAAAAAGCGAAACAUCUACAUCGAAUGCGUUGAGAGACAUGCCGACAUAACUGCUGUGUUAUUGGAGCUGUCGCCUUCGGGAAUCUACUUCAAACGUCAACAAAAAAACUCGAUGUCUGCCCAGGGAGAACCAUGGACAUCCAAAAAUACGAAAACGAGAUCUUGAAAUAUUACAUUACCACAAAAUGCAGAAAAGAAAACGACUUAAAUUUUGAACUGAGAUGAACCACGAACCAUCACAAAUCUGCGGUCCUCCGACUCGAGAGGGCGCCACCAAUGAGCCCCUCCCCCAAUCGGCCACGCAAUCGGACAUGUGUGUGUGAAUGGACCCAUUGUGUAUGACUGUCUGGACUCAGUGCUGAGGAGCCAGGUUCAUCUCCUCCAACGAAGCGCCCCGAUCGGGCACCAUCCUCUCCCCCUGGCGGGCGGUGCCAGGAGUCUGGCUGUGCGUGUCGCAUGUGCAAGAGAGUGGAUGGCUGAGUCGUUGUGUGCUUGGCUGCGUGCGUGACUGGGAGUAUGCAAGACUGGGUGAGAACGCAUGCAGAGACGGGGGAAAAAAAAUACAAAUACAACAUCGGAAGAGAAACAAAAUUGCAACAAUGAGGUUAGCAAAGGUUUCAGGAGACGAAAUUCUGCCUUUGAAAGAGAGGCUGAUCCGCAAAUCCCUGAAAGGAAGAACGUUGGAUAUGAAAAAAAAAUCACAAGGAUAAUUUUUUUUUUUUUUGCAUUAUUGUUAAGUUAGUAUUAAUUGACACUGGACAAUGCUAUUGGCAGGUUUGGAGCAGCAGUGCAUUGUAUUAAGAUGCACUCGGUGGCUUUUGGGCUUUUCUUUUUGCCUCCAGUGUGUUCCUUUUAUGAUAUUUUUUUAUUUUCAGCUUUUAGUUUCAUUGCUUCUGUAAAGGUGAUUGACGACGAUCAUAUUCCACCCUCACACCAGAACCCGACCCAAUGCACCAGACAGGGGCUUGAUGCUGUGAAAUUCUGACACCAUCACUAUAAUCAACCAAAUGACAGUUCGUUACUUUUCAUUCAAUUUACAGCAAAUCCACUGCUUUGCAGUAUUGUUGCCAUAGCUUUGACUUGUCACCAAGGGAGAAGAGAAAAAUGGCCAUUUCACGUAGGAUUGUGAAUCAUAACAUUUGCAUGUACUAAACUAUAGCACAGUUAUUUUUUAGGGUAUUUUAGUUUCCUUAGGCUGUGGAUACAGUGUAAUUUUCAUUUUAAGUAAAACUGUGCUUAAAUGUUACAUGUUUCCCCUUUCCUUAUCCCUCACUAGUGUCAGAUUUGCUAAAUAAUCUAUGGUUUUGCACAUAUACUGCAAAGUGAGGCCUGAAGUCUUUCUGAGGGUGUGUUGGUCGGUUUCAUAGGUUUUGACCUGCCAACAACAUCUACAAUAUGCAUCACUCAACCACAAUCUUUGUUGUCUUUCUAGAGUAAUCCAAUGAUGCUUUUAGUGAUACUUGAGAAAAUAAUGACUUUGUUUCAGGAGCAGCAGUAAUUAAUCUGCUAAUUUAUCUCAGCUAGACUAAGAGGGGAAUUAGCCUCCCUUUUCUAAAGGUCAAAGGGUGUCCCACAUGUCAGACUGGAGUUGUCCUAAGUGGGUUCUCCUGAAUAAUUAAUAACCCAUGAACAAGUUUGCUGUACCUUUAGUACCUUGCAGUCCUUAGCCCCAUACUCAUUUCCUCUUAUACCAGCUAGGUGUACAAGCUUACCCUUUUCCAUUUUUUGUGUUAACUUCAAACACUGUAGUAAAUGAUUACACAUUGUGCUCAUAAACCUUCUGUUGAACAUAGGGGUAUUUUUUUUGCAGCAUUCCUUGUAAGCAAACAUGUGGUUUCAAAUCUAAAAUUAUGACAUGGAAGGUUAAAAAAAGAAGGUGUUUUGCCCCAUAACCUUUUUGGGAGAUAGGCUACGGGGUAGGUUGUCUUCGAGAAAAUAAAUAGUGAAACUCAAAUCGAGAGACUGUGUGUGCGUGUGUGGUCUGUUGUGAAGAGUGUGAUUAAUCCUUCUGCGUUUAUUUCCACUUAAGAAAAAGAUACGGUCACAAAAAGGCUGAGCAUGGAUUCAAAUGUUUCCUGCGCAGCCUGAUUGGUCAGGGAGACCCGUUCACCCGCAUGCGCAGUACAGGAAAUAUAAACUGAAUUCGUAUCAGAUGUAAUGGUUAAAAUCAAUAACAUUCAUGCGCACUACAAAUGCUCGGCUGAAACAUUAUCAACUUUGGAAAAAGAUCAGGUUCAAACUACUUAAGUCUGAAAACGGUAAUCGCAAAAUCCUAUUUCAUUUCAUCGGUCCGAGUUUACUGAGAGCACCUGAAGGCAGCACGUUGAGGAACAGGAAAUGAAGGCUCUGUUUUGGGCAGACGCUUUCCUCCGUGCAGACGGUGAGUGCUAAACUCGAGAUUUCUCGCUCUAAAGAUUGUUAUCGAGUGUAAACGAGGCGCAGCCGGUAUUUAUGUCGACGUGUUUAAUUUGAGGUUAAAAUGCAGCCGACAGCCGCGACCACCGUUUAUAUGGCUGGCGUCACGUUACCGAAAGUGCCGCGGAAACGAGACAGUUUAUGACUUCUUAGGUUUGAGGCGUCUCUGAAAUAACGCACCUGGAAGUUUGUUUGCUGCUUGUGUGAAAGAAAACUGAGGUUAACGGUCUCCGAUUAAAAUAAAUAACUUCACGUUAUAAAGAGUAAAACUACCAACGAAUAAAAGUGUCGGGUUUCAAAUGUUCCCAGUGGGGAUAUGUGGCUCAAAUGAAUGCCUUGGCAAGCUCCCCGCUGUCGUUCGGCUGCACACAGGGAUCGGGUUCACGGGGGAUCGGGUUCACGGGGUCAGCUGCACAACGUGCGUGUGUCCUAUUGUCACUGCUGUGCGACAUGUAACACCACACACUUUAUAACUGAUCCUCUCGAGAGGAGCUGAGUCCGGAUUUUUGGUUUCAGUGCGAGAUUGAGAGACUUCUGUGGAUUAGGAGAGCCUUACUGUUGAUGGGGAAGCAUGAGUUAUACACUGGGGCCCUUUUCAUUAAAUGUACCUGUACAAUCUAAUGCAAUACAACCGUUCUACUUACAUGAUGCACUCUGUUGACACCGUCAUAGAGAUGUUCAGAAUAUGACGUUUUAGCUCGUGUUGGACUGCAUUUGAUUGUUUUCAUAUUUCUCUUAAUAUGUAAAUAUAGGAAGGGCAGAACAUCAAAAAACAUCACAUUUUAAUGUAGUUCUCCAGUACAACCCCACCGUUGACCUUUAUCAUUUAUUUUACACAUUGCUCAUAAUGUUCACCCGUACCUCAAAACUCUAAAGGUAGAAUUUAUGCUGCUGCUUUUGCAAUAGAUUGCACAUCUGUUCCCAUUGAUUAUUCUGCUGAAUAUUUUUACAAUUAAGCAUUUGUCUAGAACAUGUACAAAUAGGGGAAAUGCCUAUUAUUCCUCUUCAAAUGUCUUUUAUCCGACCAACAAUCCAAAAGCAAAGAUUUUGUCUUCCUUACGAAAAGAUGAACGUUUUAAACCAAAACACGGCAACUGUUUGGAAAACAAAUGAAACUAUAAUGAUCAAAAUAGUGAAAUGUUGUGUGAAUUCUGUCCCGUGUAAGUCUUCACCAGGUUGCAUUCACCUAUCGGUUGUCGCAAGUGAUUGUGUUUUGCUGAACACGGAGCUUUUCAUCCAUCCUGCUGUCCUGCCAGAUCUUCUCCCUAAUCCUCGGCCCUGAGCCUCUAGUCUCCACCAUGGACAGCCUCGAGGAGGACUUGACGUGCUCUGUGUGCUACUCUCUGUUCGCUGACCCGCGCGUCCUGCCGUGCUCGCACACCUUCUGUAAGAGCUGCCUGGAUAACCUGCUCCAGGUGUCUACCAACUAUUCCAUCUGGCGUCCACUCCGCCUGCCGCUCAAAUGCCCCCAAUGCCGCGGCGUGGUCGAGCUGCCCCCGAUGGGCGUCGACUCUCUGCCCGCCAACGUAUCUCUGCGAGCCAUCAUCGAGAAAUUCCAGAGCGACGGCGCGCCGCGACCCCCUUCCUGUCAGGAGCACCACAGGCAGCCUCUGAACAUGUACUGCAUCCAGGACCGGCAGCUGAUCUGUGGGCUGUGUCUGACCGUCGGGCAGCACCAGGGCCAUCCCAUAGAUGACCUUCAGGCGGCAUUCAACAGAGAAAAACAGACUCCAUCGCGACUGCUGGCCAGCCUCUCUGAGCAGAGAUGGGGACAGGUGUGUGAGCUGGGGGAGCGGCUGCAGCAGGAGAAGGUGCGCUGUGAGGGUCUUGUGAUGCAGGACCGACGGGAGGUCAAUCAGUUUUUUCACUCGCUGGAGGUGGUGCUGACCAGGAAGAGACACGCCUACCUGGAGGCCCUGGAUACAGCGGGAGCAGAGGUGUGCCGGGCGUACGACCCGCUCAUUCACAGAGUGAAGGCCCUCCAGGAAGAACACUUGGACCUGGUGUCCCUGGGUUCAUCCGUGGAGGAGGAGGACUCGCCGUUGAUCUUCCUGGAGCAGGUCCACUUGUUCCGAGAGCGGGUUGAAGAGUUUAUUAAAACCCCGCUGCCCUCGGUGAUAAAGCUGUCCGUCACUCCGCGGGCAGCGGAGCACCUGCAGCUGCACUGGCCCGCUGUGACUAUCGGGAGCCUGGAGGACGCACCUGUCCCUAAGGUGUGCUGCUGCGCCAGAUGUGGCAGCGUGGAGGCUGGCGUGGAAACGGAAGCCGGAGGAAGGGAUCGGGCCGACGGCACGGGGCGGACGCCGUGGUGGGAACGGCAGCACGCUCUAUCGGUGGUGGUGCUGCUGGUGCUGCUGCUGCUGGUGCAGCUGCUGGUGCUGCUGCUCUGGUUCAACCCGGUCACGGAGGAGUCACUUGGUUUCUAUCUGUUCCCUCAGUUUAGUCAGUUCGUCCACGGCCUGAACGAUGAGCUGGCCAAAUAUCUCUGGGACACGGCAGGAUCGGCCUCCGCUGCGGUGGAGGCCGCUGUAGAGAGAUGGAGCUCUCACCUCUCCUCAGUGGGGGAAAAGACCUCCCAGCAGCUGGCUGCCUUUUUCAAAAAAUCUGACUGAAUACAUUUUAAUUUAGAGGCUGACGAAGCUUUACUUCCACACUCCUGUCAUAAAGGAGUGUGGAAUAUAAAGCCUGGACACUCAAUGCAGGUGUAUGAAAAAUGAAUGCAACAAAAUGUACCAUCAUACAAUUAGAUGGAAUAGAACAUACAUAUUUGAACUAAAACGGAUCGAGUAGAAAUAAUUUAAUCAUAACAUUUGAAAUGUUUUAACCAUUAUAUGUAGAUGAUGUUGAUGAGGAUGCAUUUCCCCCUCAAGCCUAACUUCAAAGAUUCCUUGUCGUUGUAUGCUGACCUGAAAAAAACAUCAGAUGUGUCUUACUUGUGCAUUCAAAUGUUUGUGUAACUCACAGAACUUUUCUUAAAAGGAUGUAGACGUUUGUGUAGGCAUACAUCUUUUUGUAUAUUUAAUUGUCGAGUGUUAUGUUCCUGUUUAUGGUAUAUUUUAUGUUUGUACUACCUAACUAAUAAGCAUUAAUCACAUAA